AUGGAAAUGAAAAUCCGACUCAACUUAAAGGAUGACGAUCCCUUAAGUGACAUAGGCCACUACCAGCACUUGGUAGGAAAAUUAAUCUACUUAACCAUCACCAAGCCUGAUAUUAGCUAUAUCGUGAGUAUGAUUAGCCAAUUUAUGCAUGCUCCCCGUACUCCUCAUUUGGAUGCGGUUGAUAGGAUCCUAAGAUACCUCAAGGGUACUCCGGGUCAAGAUUGGGCAGGUAGCUGUGACAGAAAGUCAACCUCUGGGUUCUACGUAUUUGUAGAAGGAAAUCUGGGAAAAAGUCUAAUCGGGAGAAAUUGCAACUCCAUUUGUCAAAAGCCACGAACAGCUGCAGACAUUUUCACAAAGGCCCUCGACAAAGCAAGCCACCAAAGGCUCCUGAGCAAGAUGGGUUCUGUCAAUUUAUUCGAACCCACCUUGAGAGGGAGUGUUGAAGCACCGGAUCAUAGCUGCAAAGUUCAAUAG